AUGAAGAUGUUUUCUUAAUACUAUGCCGGCCCAUCGGAGUUCAAACUACUCUUGCAAUGCUCUUGAAAUUAAUUUCAGUUCUCAAACAUAACCUCAAAGAAAUUGAAGCAAACUGACGGUUGAAAAGAAUAAUUAAUCGAAUGUUAUAGAUCAAUGGUAUCUGAAAGUGCGUUCUUUAACGAUGUUUAAUAUUGAAAAAACUACAAAUAAAAAUAAAAAAUUGUUACGUAAACAAACAUAUUUGAAACCACCAGAAACAGUAUAUAUUAUUCACAAGUGAUGCAUAUUUAUUAAUUAAAUAAAAAUGUGAAUAAAAAGAAUAUGUUGGUAAUAUUCUUUUUAUUUUGCUUUACUUCUGACAGUAUUGUUUACACGAAUCUCUUAACAAAAGUUAUUAAAUUUGCCAAUAUAUGUAUAAAUUCGUGAAUUUUGAAAUGGAAUUCAACAAUAUUUACCAAUGACAGAAUCACAAAACAAUAUUAUUGAAAGCACAUCGCAAAAAAUGGCUACUACCUGGCAUCAACAAGUGUUUGCACUCGAUGCAAAAUACAAUACAUUGCGAGCUAAUAAACUACCUAAUCCUAGUUUAGGUAUGUUAUACAUUCGUCGAAGGAAUCAGCUGCUCCGUGAAAAACUAUCCAAAGAUCCAGAAAUUGGUGCACAAUAUCUGAAAUUGAGAUCAGAAUUAUUACAUCGGCGUUACGGAGAGAGGCAAGAGCAGAAUAGUGUGGGAAGUCACACAAUCAGCGAAGAAUCAUCGGAAAACAAAAUAAAGCACCACCUUGUGCAACGAAAAUCAACAGCAGAGAACUUUGCAUUUGCUGGAGUCCAUCAUGUUUUUGAUCAGCACAAGACGGCCGUAACAAUGCUCAAGUUUGCCAACAACGACAGAUCCAAAUUGUGCUGUGCAUCACUGGACGGUACACUGUCCAUAUGCGAGGUCAUAAGCACAUCUCCGAAAGUAAUCGCUCUCUUGGAAGGUCAUCGUAACGGCGUGACUGCACUCGAUUGGAGCAUUAGCAACGAUCUGAUAGUUUCCUCCUCUUUGGAUGCAACAAUAAGGCUUUGGAGAGUAUGCACAGACGCAGAGCCGGUUUGCUUGCGAGUAGUGAAUGACCAACAACGAGCAGAGGUUUUAUGCUGCAAUUUCAUACCUGCCAAUAAUAAUUUAAUAGUAGCUGGCAAUUCUCAGGGAUUGAUUCAGAUCUCGAACGUAUCCACCGGCAUAUAUACACGCGGCGGAUCUUGCAAGAUUGGUGGAAAGAUUCUUUCCCUCGCAUGCGAGGGCAGCGGUGGUUCGGUGAUCUGGGCCGGCAAUGACAGAGGUGUUAUAGUGUCUUUCCGAUUGGAACCUGGCAUAGGACGGCUGACAAAGUUGCAAAGAGUACAGGAGACCGGUGGGAUGAUAACUAGUCUUUCUUGGCGCUCCUGGCUAUCCAAGGAUGCGCCUUGGGCAGCGUUGCUGGUGAGCAGCGCGUGCAACGCCGUAUUAUUAUAUCGCGUUGCGGACAAUCACGGUUCUUUAUGCUUCUGGAGAAAGUACCCUGUCAAGCAUAGGCAUUAUCCAUUGAGAUCUACCUUCUGCCCACAAAUGGGCGCGUCUUUAAUAGCCACUGGAUCGGAAGACGGGGCUAUUCAUCUGUUAGAUUCAGCGAGGGAGGGAAAAGCCGCAAGAAUCAAUCGGCUGCACGGUCACGCAACGCCUACAUUAGCUUUAUCGUUUAAUUAUGAUGAGUCUCUAUUGGCAUCCGCGGAUCACGACGGUCUGAUUAUUCUAUGGCGCAAUCACCAACGUCAUUUGUGAAGUAUUACUGCGUAGAGCAUUCAUUAAACUAAAAAAUUAAAAUAAAAUUUAUAUUUCUCGUAGAGAUUCUGUAGUUCUAAGACAAUUUAGUAAAAAAUAAUAUAAUACAAUAUCAAGAGUGUAGUAUAAAGUGCGAUGUAUAAAGUUGUACAUAGAUUCAUUCAGCGUAAGAUAAUAAAGAUGAUUUUAAUAUUAA